UACCAACGAAAAGGAAGGAAGAUAUGUGGCACACUCUAAUGAAAAAAUUCUAUGUGGAGCUUGUUCACGACCUCGCGAACAUAAAAAGGCUAAUGUUGAUGGACCUCACAAAGAAAAGAAGGCAGUUAAGGAGAUAGCAUUGAAGGCCAAGACAAGCUAUGGCUUCAACGCAUUUCUUCACACUCUGGGAUCGAAGAGCAUUGCACCGGUUGCACGAGAAAUGGUGGAAGACACAGGAGAAACCCCGAACCGAGACGAUAUGUUCAUUGUCUUGCAUACCAAGAAAGAUGGGAACCUAGUAAAUGCAACGGCUGGGGAAGCUAUGGGUUUGAUCUAUUGGUCACAUAACGAUGCGUGCGCACAAGUGCUAGGACGAGAGCAUUCCAAUCGGGUACGCAAGGUGGGGCUAGGGCAGACUCCUGGUAAAUCCACCUCUUAUACCUCCAGACAAGGAUUGAUCUUUAGUGCGCCUACUCCCAGGGAACUGGAGAUGGCUGUUGAGAUGGAACAUUUGAAGACUUUGUACAAAGCGCAAAACGUCCAACUUCAAAGGCAAAUCGUCCAACUUAAAGAGCAAAACGCCCAACUUCAAGAGCAAAUCAACAAGUAUGCAGUGCAACAGGAAGAACUGGCAACUGUCAAACGUAUGGUAUCCAUGAUUAUGGCUGGGAAACAACCAAAAAUGGGAAACAAUCAAGAAGAGGAAGCCGAUGAUAAUGAUGAGACAUGACAAAGUGAUGAAUAAAAGGGAUAGUGCUUGUUGGCUACGAGUAAUUUGAUGUAGCUGAGCACAUUAAGGCUGAAGAAAGCAAUGCACACAAGGCUGUAAAUCAUAUUCUCUUUGGGCUUGCAUUGAUGAUUAUGGG